AUGAAGUUUGCGUACAAAGAGGAACAUCCGUUUGAGAAGAGGAGGGCUGAGGGCGAGAAGAUCCGCAAGAAGUAUCCGGACAGAGUGCCCGUGAUCGUCGAGAAGGCCCCGAAGGCGCGCAUCGGAGACUUGGAUAAGAAGAAGUAUUUGGUGCCAUCGGACCUGACUGUCGGACAGUUUUAUUUCCUGAUCCGAAAGCGCAUUCAUUUGCGUCCCGAAGACGCGCUCUUCUUCUUCGUGGAUAACGUGAUCCCUCCGACCUGUGCGACGAUGGGAACCCUCUAUCAGGACCAUCACGAGGAGGACUUCUUCCUCUACAUCGCCUACAGCGAUGAGUCCGUCUAUGGACACACCCUCCCAUCCCAUCACUGA